AUGCCAAUCCCAAUGCAAGUAUCGCUUCAGUUGGCGCUGCAUCUUUCUACCCCUCAAACGUACAAUAUAAUAACCGACGAGCGUUGGAAACCAGGUGAGAAAUUACAUCGCUUCGCUCUACAUGACUUUGCCUUCAUCGAUCAAAAUUCCGGUCGGGCUCAGGCAACCUUACUUUUCGCUGCCAUCUUGCGUGAUAUUUUCAAUCACCCAGAUUGGUCACAGCUACAUGCAUUCUUCAGCAAGCGAUUUCCUCGGGGAGAGGAACCGACCGAUGCCAGCCAGAGGACUCUAAUCCCGCCAAAGGAGCAGUCUUGGAAACAGCCCACCGUGGUCGACUUUUUGACAGACCCUAGCUCCGUCGGCCUGGCGAAUGAUCUAGUCACGCUGCUUGCAUCUGCCGGUCGCACCUCACGCGGACACUUGAUGGGACCCGAUCCGCAGCCAUGCGCAAUCGGCCCUGCCAUCAGUGUUGCCUGCGGAGCAGGGGCCUACAUGGACCUCACCUAUGGCGGUCGGCCACCGGGGCAAUAUGAGGAAAUGACUUACAUAGGCGGUGAUCUGUAUGGAUGGAAGAAAGGAAAGUUCGAUGUCAUAGCAAGCCCGAUCUCUACGACCGAAAAGGGCGGGCGGGAUCGAUACUGGGCUGAAUGGGCAAGUCUCUGGUCUGUCAUCUCCGAAUGGGUGUACGAGUAUGACAGUACGUCACUUCAGCUAGGCCAUCUGAGCUCACAUAGCUUCAAGUACCUCCUCAGUCCCGAGGAGGAGCGCUCAUUCGACCGUUUCGGCAAGAUCCCGCGUAAAUUUCUCAAAACGGAUGCCAUUUCCGCUGCGGAGGCGAUUCAUGCGGUCUUCGCCCAGAUGGCUAAAGAACCGCAGCGUUUUCAGGGCGUGGAAUGGGACUUCUUCGAACUUGCCGUCCCAGUCGAGUUGAGAGAGGCGUUCCACGCGCGAUUUGGCCAAAAGAGCUCCGAUCGCAACGAAAACCGUGCUCGGCUGGUACAGAGGGUCCCUGGACCUGGCCAAGACUCCCUUGCGUACGGAGACUCGCUCGCCUAUGAGGAAAUGAGCCCGAUGGCAUUGAAGCGUUGCCCGAAUGAUUUCUUUGGUGCGAGCUGGGAAGCAUGGCUCUUGUCAAUUGAGGGGGGAGACGUUGUGGUCGUAGAGACGAUCUUUCAGGCGCUUUGGGCGGUCAUGUUGGUGGCACAGCUUCCGUUGAAUAUCAAGAUUAUCGAGCAGAGUGGCCGAUUCCCCAAGUAUCGCGAUCCCGAGGACUUGUACAUCUGA